GCAUGAUAAAUUGCAGCCUAUAUGUAGCCUACUGAAUUGAUUUAUUUGCACAGCAUUUGAACAUGCAAAGCGUUGCCCAAAGAACCGAUAAUUUCCGCAUGGUGAUUCGAAAGUGUGCAACUUUCAGAAGCUGAGCGAAACAACAUCGGCUCCGUUGCAAUAAUUCCUCUGAAAAUAGCGUUCCUAAAAGGUACGGAUAGAUGUUUUUUGAACUGAUUUUUUUCCACGUCGCUACGAAAGCCGAUAGUUAUAUAUUAUAUUGUGGCUAUAAAUGUGUAGUAUAGUCAAUACGUCAUUGAGAUAUUAUAAAAUGAAACACAAAUUAUGAUUGAAUACAGUAGUUGAAUACUCCGAGAUAUCUAUUCAACUGCGAAUUAACCGAACGUUUUUACUAGCAGUGAGCCUGUCCAACUCUCUGCGGCGAAUUUCUGUUCAUUACACUUUCCAAAGCGAGCUUCAUUGUUUGCAAAAAGUGGUUUCGAAGAACGAAGCAGUUCAGUCAGAAUUCGAGCCCGCAGUAUAAUUGGCUCACGCUGUUGCGGUCACUCUGCCUACUAUAGUCAUGUAUAUGUUUUAUCGCCAUGCAAACUUACAAACAACUUAUUCUUGUUCUAGCUUGUUAUACGCACGUAAAAACGCACAAGUUGUCAACUUGUCCGUUUUUACUUGUGUAUAUAGCCUGCGAACAGGCUCUCAAGCUGAAUUGAGAGCCUGCAUCGAUGACUAAUGAAUUUGAAUAUCUGCCCCGUAACGUUCGUUUUUCCAAAUAUGGAAUGUCUAUCCUUAUAUGGUGUUGUUUACAACUUUCGUGCAAACCGUAAAUUUAGACCGUGCAAACUAAAUUUAGACCGUACAGUUUAUACUGUUUUUCGAAAUAUAAGAUAUUCAAGCAAAAGUUCAAAUGUUUUAAAUACUGUUUUCUCAAAACAGAACUGAUUUCGUGCUUUGAGAUAAGAUGGCCAAGACCAAUUUGAUCAGUUAAUGUUUUUUUAUGCAUAGUGCUUCAGCUGUUGACAUAUAUAGAGCUCAGCGGAAACAUAAAUUAUAGCAACUGACCAAUGAGAAUUUUGCGUCACGAUUUGAGACGCAGAUAUUCAAAUUCAUUAGUCAUCGAUGCAGGCUCUCAAUUCAGCUUGAGAGCCUGUUCACAGGCUAUUGUGUAUAUGAAGUUGUUAUCAUUGAACUAUAAGUUUACUUAUAUAGUUCAAUGGUUGCUACACAGGUCACAAACAAGUUGUUACAAAUCUGUUCACAAGCUGUCGACAAGUUGUGUUCGCACUGCUUGUUACCAGUUGUCAUAACAAGUUUGGAACAAGCUGUUUACAAUUUGUAGCAAUCUUGAUGGCAUUAUCAGACUUGUUACAACUUACAAGGUUCAGCAGGGUUUAUUUUAACGUGCAGUUCUAUACAAAAUGUGCAGUUCUAAACCCAUUUGUGCAGUUCUUAAAACCCAAAUGUGCAGUCACCAAACUCACAAAAAUAGCCUUAAUUAAAACAGUUUUCACAUUUACUCGUUACCCUUGUGGAUGCUCCAUUAAUUGAGCAUCAAAAAUAUAAACGUUUUUCGGAGGACUGCAGACCCUCCUAUUUUCCUCACAAAUCACUUACGUGCUGGGGUAAUGGAAAAGAAGGUAAAAUUGGGGCGAGCGAAGCUCCCCAAAAGAGAUUAGAGUGGGAGAACCUAAUAUUCUUUGCCGUGUCUCAAAUGCAAAUUUAAGGUUGUUAUAUAUUGAGUAUCCAUGAUUCUCAGUUAUAUGUUUUGAAACAGUUUUUGUGAGUGGUUGGGUAAAACAAAUCAUUGCCAGAACUUAAGAGCCUCUAGAUUCAAAUUAUUUUGGGGAACACCCCCUAGCUCCCGCACCCAAAAUCGAGUUUGUCUGGCCUUUCUCCAAUUCUCCCACCCAACCACACCAUUAUUCUAUCAACUAUAUGCAGGUAAAAAUCCUUCGACCCCCCAGUCAAACACCCAUUGCCUUCGUGACAUACCUAUAUGAGCAGUCCUAACUGUUUUUCUUAAAAUAAAUCCUGCAAGGUUGUUGAACAAGUCUGAUACAGUGAUGAUAUUACAAGAAUGUUACAAGACUGACGCCACAAGGUUGUAAGACUUGUAACAAUACUGUCAGAUCAUGACUGUAUCGGACUUGUUGGAACAACCUUGUAACAAGCCUGGUAACAUCAACAAGGUUGUUACAAAUUGUUAACAGCUUGUUCCAAACUUGUUGACAACUUGGAACAAGCAGUGCUACAAAAAAAACCAUGACCAGCCGACAAUUUAAAAAAAUAAAGUAAAAAACAAAUUCCGAAAAUACAGGACAUCUUGAGAAUUCAAUAUAUAAUUCAAAACAAGACGCAGUUUGAGACUGUAAAUUUUCGACUUUAUUUCAAAGUCAUCUUCAGACAGAAUGAAAUACAAUACUUUACAACACAUAUAUAUACAACGCAGAGAGAGAGCAUCUGUCAUGUGGGCGGAAAGAAGGAUUAUCCAAGCGAAGCGAAACAUGAUAAAGAAAAUAGUAAUAACUGAAAAUGGAAUAUUUAGCUAUAUUUACAACAAUGUUUAAUAUAUUAAAAGGAUUAAGGUAGAAAGGGAAAGACCCGACAUGUAGAAGAAGAUUGAGUUAAAGUGUUAUGUGAACAGUUGUAGUUCUUUACUAGCUUUAAGUCCAGUGUUAAGAAAAGGUUUGUUGUGUUUGAUAAGCAAUGCUUCAAGAAAAGCAAGAAUGUUGUAGUUGUUAGAUUUUGUAAUGUGAAGUAUUCUGUAGCUGUUGAAAACAAGGUUUUCAAUAGGAGAGGAGUUGUCAGAAGGCGAAGGAAGAUCGUUGAGUAAUGUGAACUGGUCUUGUAAAGUAGCUAAGAAUUGAGCAUGUUCACACUCAGAAAAAUGUUGGCCCACUGCACUAAAAGAGAGCCUAGUUGCAUGCUCUUUCAAACGUACAGAAAGGCAUCUUUGUGUCAUGCCAAUAUAGGUUUUGCCACAACCAGGGCAAGCGACCUCGUAUACAAGAUUACUACGAGAUAAAGGAGGAAGUUUAUCUUUGUUGGAAACAAAAUAAGAGAGCUUUUUAGUGUCAUAAAUAGUGAUGAACUUAACCGGUUUAGAAAGAAAUCUUUGUAUUUUAUUAAGACAUGAUUUUAAAAGAAAUUCGCCACGGUUUCCGAGAUAAGGAAUACGAAUCCAAAUUUUAGGCAACAUAUCAUCAUCCGUGUCAUGAUUAACGGCAUCGAAAGUAGAACUAUCAAUAAAUUUGGUUUUAAGCUUUUUAAUCAAAAAGUUUCUAACGCCAUUAGGAUAUAACCAUUCCAAGACAUAAAAGAUUUGAUAGUUUCAAUUUGAUUGUUGAAAAGUGUUUUCGAACUGCAAAUUUUAAAAGCUCGGUAGAACAGAGAUUUUACCCAUGCAGUUUUGCGAUGAAAAGGCUCGAAACUUGAAAAAUGUGAAUACUGACCGGUGUGGGUGUCCUUACGAUAAAUGUCAGUAACAUCAACCGAGACUUUUAUGUCUAAAAAAUGAACUACGCCAUCGGGAAAUGUAUCAACUGUGAAAUUUAAGUUCGGAUCGAAACUAUUGAACUUAGCUAAAACGGCGGAAAUAUUGGAAGGUUUUAUCAAAACAAGAGUGUCAUCAGCGUAACGUUUGUAGAAUUUUAUAGUACCAUCGGCAAUCAACUCGGAAACUAUUAAUCUUUCAAAUUCAGUCAAAAUUAUAUUAGCUAAGACAGGCCCUAAUGAUGAACCCAUAGAAACGCCGUCUUUUUGGACAUAAAUUUGCUCGUCAAAAGAAAAGGCAGUUUUGUUGCAACAAUCCAAAAUGAGUUUCUUCAAAGUGCGCUUUUUCAAAGUGGUUGCAAUUAAUUCGUCUUUAUAAAUACGGUCUAGAACAAUUUUGACUGUGCGGGAAAGUGGAACGUUGGUAAAAAGGGAUUCAACAUCGAAAGAAACGAACUGGUAGCCUUCUUGAAACAAAUGUUUGGGAAUGUUGUUAAUAUUGGUCACCGCAUCAAAAGAAUCAGAAAGACACAUGACAGAUGCUCUCUCUCUGCGUUGUAUAUAUAUGUGUUGUAAAGUAUUGUAUUUCAUUCUGUCCGAAGAUGACUUUGAAAUAAAGUCGAAAAUUUACAGUCUCAAACUGCGUCUUGUUUUGAAUUAUAUAUUGAAUUCUCAAGAUGUCCUGUAUUUUCAGUGCUACAAGAUGUGAGAUUUUUACGUGUGUAGUACUGUGUAUUGUGAUAUGGCGAAACUAAUUUCAUCUUAAAAUGUAACUUCACUAACACAUUGAGCUCAGUGUGUCAGUGGUACGAAAUGCCUGCAACACCCGAAAAUCUGCCGAUCUGCGGGCUUGCAAAAACAAAACAAAGCGAAACAAGAGUAAAAUGGCGACGUGUUCAACAUUUAGUUGGGAUAGAUUGUUCAUUCGGGCCCUUCAUGUCUCUUUAACGACUUUUGUUAUAACCGUUCUUAUUCUUAAAGAUACCGGUGAGUCUUGUAAUCGAUCCAACAGUAAAUACGAUCUUUUUGACAAGUUGUGAUGGCGAAAAGUCAACAGCUUUUCAAGUUUCAACUUUUUAAAUAGAACAUAUCUUCACUUCUAAAGAAUCUUGUUGGUAGGAUAAUAGCUAGUUCAUGUGCAUUUCACCUCUGUGGCCGAGGUUUGAUUUUUGUAUUGGUUUUGUCCUACUGGACUCAUCCCAUAUUUAAUAGUUCAGUAAAAGCUAAACUAACUUUAUACUACAGUAUGUUCAUUAAUUCUAGAGGUCAAGUGAAGUCUAUCAUCUAUAAUUUUGGCUAGUAUUUGCCCUGUGUACUUUGACUGUUGUGACAUAAUGACUUUGCCUUUAUAAGUACUAACCCUUUAAAUGGCAAUGUGCCCAGAUGCACCCUACUUUAUAAUUUUACUCUGUCUAAUGCCAGACAAUUUUACUCUUCAAGAUUGAAGAGUGUUACCACUCAAUAAGUUACAUAAAUUGCUCUCCCUAGGACAGUUUAGAAGCAAGGGUGGAUUUUCAUUCUUUUAAAGGAGGGGUGGAAAAAUUUCCAAUGGGAUGUAAGCGGCACCAUUGAGCGAGCUUUGGCCAUGGUUAGGUAUUAGGGUUAAAGACUUUCACACAAAAUAGGAGGGGUGAAGAAAAAUUUUGGUGGGGUUGAACACUUUAUAGGAGGGGUUAGAGAGAUUCUAGGGGGAUUACCCCCCCCCCCAGUAAAUCUACCCAUGUUUAGAAGUGAUAGAACUAUGGAGUACGCUUGUACAGUAUACAUAAAGUUAGUUUAAUCAAUGUUGUGUCAAUAUUUGGUUACAAUUUUUCUGUAGAGCUUCGCAAAUCCUUGAUGCUACUGCAGUGGUAUUAUCUUCUACCUUAUUUUUUCAUUCUGACCUCUUCAACUUUGUUUUACUUCAUUGCUGGUUCUGUUGAUCCUGGCUUUGUUGCCAACGAUACUGAUAAUGUCAUCAUGGUCGCUUACGAGGUAGAAUUUUUGUUUUUAGUUGGAAUUUUGGAAAUUGGAAAUUAUCAUUAAAAUCUAAAUGAAAGAAAUUGCCUUAAUGAGUUGACUGGGUAGAUUGUUGCAUGAAUAAUCAAUAAUUUCAGAUUGUGGCACACUGGCACAAUCAUUCAUCAAUGUUUAUUUUUAAAGGUCUUUUCCGAGAGUUUUGUAAGUGAUUUUUCUCCAUUUAGCAUCUGUCACAUCUGAUCAAACAAUUAUAGUGUGCUUUUCUUCUGCAGAAAACCAAAGAGGACCUCACAGAAGAAGGCGAACCUCUAAUUUCCGAAAGUUGCGAAGUGGUUGCAGCUCCACCAUUUCAAAGCAUGCCAAAGCUACGCCGAUGUGGUUAUUGCAACAUUGUGCAACCACUGAGAGCAAAGCACUGUGAAGAUUGUAACCGCUGCAUUCAUCGAUAUGAUCACCACUGUCCAUGGUUGGGAAAUUGUGUUGGCGAGAGGAACCACAGAUUCUUUUGGGCAUUUCUGUUGUUUGAGACCAUCCUAAUUGGCUGGUCUAUUGAAAUAGGAUGGUAAGUAUACACAAGAUAAAGGAUCAACUACCUGAAAAAUAUUAGGACAUGUAUGUUGACCUUUACUAGCAAAGACCUUUUGUCUGGAAAGACCUUUGUCCACUGACCUAUCCAAGCUACUGUAGUGCCUUCAUGUCAAGCUUUGAUGCAUUUUUUAUUUUUCAGGUUUAGCACUGUUGCAUCUUUCAACAAUACCGAAGAUAUUAAUUAAGCAGAACUUAACUCCACCCAAAUAGCUCUCUAAAUACAUAUGCAUGUAUGCUCACUGCUCAAAAUGUUUCAUAAUAUACCAUGCCAUGCAAAAGCAAUCGUGUAAAAUCAUAGAAAUGUGUAAAUCAUAAAACUUCUACAGUGUUAUAUUGGUUGUGUGUGUUGCCACAUGCAUUGGUCUUCAAAGAAGCAAUUUCAGCAAAAUUGUUUUGCUGUUCAGGAUAUGGUGUCAAGAUUCAAACAUGAAAAGUGUAACAUCAAUAAAAUCCUUACAAAUUGCAUAUAGUAUUUACCCUUUAAGUGGCAAUGUGGCCCAAUGCACACUACUUUGUUAUUUGCCUCUGUCUAACACCAGACGAUUUUACUCGUCAAGGGGAGAGUGCUGUCACUCAAUGGAUUAGCAGAUCCGCACUAUCUAAAAAGUCAAUCUCAUCCCUAUAACCAAAAUGUGACCGGUCACUAUGUCGAUCGGUUGUUAUUUUGAGCCCAUGUACAUGCUUCAAAAUAAAGGCCCAUAAUUUCCACUCACAAAAAUUUUCCGCAGAAAGGAAAUUUUGUAAAUGUGACUGUACGAAAAUUUUCAACUUUUAACAAUGACAUUUUCGGGAAUUUUUCUUGAGUGGAAAUGGCUUUGUGACUAGAAAAAAUAUACUAGUAGCACAUUUUGAUACAAACAUGUUUGCCUUAACAGGUAUGGAUUUCAAAGUAAAAAGGUGUGGUCAGAAUGGGCAUAUACAAAUGGCAUAUUAUUCCUUGUUAUGGUGAUAUUAGUCAUAUCUGUGAUUGUCGUUGGCUUGUUAUUUGGUUGUCAUUCGUACUUGAUUGUGAUCGGUCGAACAACAUGGGAGCACAUGGCUCACUCGAGAAUCUCGUAUCUCAAGAUCUUCAAAGAGGGGGUGAAUCCAUUCCACGAGGGAUAUUUCAAAAAUGUUUGCACGUUUCUGUGUCAUUGUCGUGUACGCAAAUGGGAAAAGGUCUUCCAAAGAAGUAGUAUUAAUUUAGGAGUGUGAGAUUACUGUGACUGUCAUUUUCAAAAUUUGGAAAACUCUGAGAGCCCUAAUAGCCAUCUAAUAAAUGGUGGUCAACCUGCAAUUAUCAGAGCCCAUCAGAUAAAUUAAUUGAUAGUAAAUAAAUGGAAUGUAGUGUAAUAUUACAUUAUUGCUCUUUAAUGGACAACAUUUAGUUUCAUAUGCAUAAGUAGUAUAUGUAAUGCAUGAAAGAUAUGUUACUUUUAAAGUAUAUGUUACAUCUAUAUUAUAUAUACAAGUAUUUAUUGUGUGUUUAAAUCCUGGAAUAAACACACUAAACCUAUGCUCUAAUAAAAUAUUUUGUGAAAAUAUAUGAUCAACGGGCCUAAGAAGUGCUUUAUACGUCACGUAAUUUUCAAAGAAUGAAUUAUUGACCCCAAGGUAUCCCACAAUGCACUGUGCAUUCCAGACGUCCUCUGUAUUCAAAAUUGCGUGACGUAAGCACUUCUAACCUCUACAGUGUGCAAGGAAAAAAACUGAACUCUUUCAAAUUAGCUAUAACGUAUUGUAGUAAUCUGACAGCUCUAAUUGCUUUGAAUUAAUGGUUGGGUAAGAACACAAACCAAGGUCUUGUACUCAUGGGACAAAACUCAAAGAAAUAAAAAUUAGAAAAUUUAAAAGAAAUACACUAUUUCUUUUAAAUUUUUAUUUCUUUGAGUUUUGUCCCAUGAGUACAAGACCUUGUGUUCUUACCCAACCAUUAAUUCAAAGCAAUUAGAGCUGUAUACUCACACUGUGUGUAGCUUAAAAUUUAUGUACAAUGUACAUUAUGAUUUACAAGUUUUGUGAAUACAUGAUCACGUGCGCAAAUUUGCUAAAAACGUCUACACUCUACAGUUUGAUUCACUAAAUGUUAGAUAGUGCUCAACAGCGAAAAAGGUCAACAGUAGGUUGGCAGUGGCUCAUCUAGGGUAGCCUUAAGCCCAGGGAUGCCGGAACCGGGGGGCAGGAGGGGCAGCCGCCCCCGUUACCCUUUAACAGGAGGGGCAAGGGGGGCAAAGGUGCCCUUUCAAUUUAAAGGAUUACCUUAGCGAAAUAGCGAAUUGUCAGAAAUGUUAGUGCAAUUCUUUUACGAAUAUGCUUCAGAAAACGCAAGAAAUGCAGUCAUCGAGCUUCAAGAAUAGCACAAUCGCCUGGCGGAGAACCCCCUCACACCCCUAUCAUCCAAUAAAUAGAAAACAUGAUUAGGCGAAGUUCAACAAAACCGAUGUUUUGCAAACAUCUCUUAGUAUAUAUCAAUUCAAAAGUGCCCUUUCACGAAAAUCUGCCCCCCUUGCCUUCACAUCGUUCCGGCGCCCCUGCUUAAGCCCCGUUUACACUACGCUCAAUUUUUGGUACGGCACGGAUAAAAUUGGUACCCAUACCACUUUUUUGGUUCUUGGACUACCUAUUUAGGUACUACCUAUUUAGGUAGUCCAAGAACCAAGAAAGUGGUACGGUACCAAAAAUCGAGCGUGGUGUAAACGGGGCUUUAAUUCUCUCGCCUGAAGAGUAGAAGAGAAGAAAAACCCAUCCCGAAACCAUUUCCCGGUGGCUAGCCUGCGUUACAGAAUAUAGACCUUACAGAAGGACCCAACAACAUCACAAACGUCGCUUGCUUAAGCCUGGGUCACACUGGUAAUAGACUUAGUUUGAUCAUCUGAUUACCAAUUUCCCGUGCAAAAUGACUGAAAAACGGCAAACUUCGCAAGGCUAUAUUAUCUGCAUUUUGCAACAUUUGGAAUAUUACUAAUUUUGUGAUGCUCUUUCAAGCUGUGAUGGAAUUUUUGUCUAGAUUAAAAUUUAGUCUAUAAAUAUAAUGCAAAUGGUCCAUUCUGUCGGCGAUUUUUCUCUUCCUGGCAAAUAAUGUGAUCGAAUGAGUGACAUGCAAAAGACUUAGAAUUGUUUACUUCUGAAGAGCGACUUUUGUGUGCGAGUUUUGCAUCUGUCAGAAACACAACAUCGCCGACAAAAUUGCCAGUGUGAACCAGGCUUUUGAAGCUCACUAGUAGCUCAUCAGGAACGCUUUGAAGUUUACCAAGCUUCCAGACCAUGUCUCGAUUCACUGACACGUUCACACCGAGAUCUCCGAUUUUAUUGCGGAACUUUGUGCACGCCGAACAAAUGUUCAGUGAACAAUCUUUGCAGAGAUUUGCUCCACAAAAAAAUUUCAUCGAAUUUCCAUUUCCCAGCAAGAUUUUCGCCAUUCUUAGAAAAUUUAAACGCCUCCCGCAUAAAGCGCAUUCUGUCUUUAGGUUGGUUUUCCGAACAUCGGAAACAACAAAUCGACUUGACCAAGUUGAGCUGCACCUCGCGAUAAUGUGUGGGUUUGCGCUCUGAUUGUUCAAUGGCCAUUAUACUAGAGUUGGCCUGCUUCACACAGUUGUCGUCUACAUGUUCAGCGACCAACUCUCCAGAAAGGUUACAGCCGAGAUAAAACGUCGCAAGGGUAAUAUGGGCCUUGUACUCCAGGUCUGCGCGUACCUCGGGACAAUCCGACAUAACUUGUUGGAGGUGUUGCAGAGCGUUACGCGAGAGCACAUCAGGAGGAGACAAACAUGGAUCAUUAAUACGGUCCGUCAUCGUUCCUGCAAAUAAAAAUACUAGCACUGUGACUAAGCCUGGUACAAGGCAUUCUGACUUCUCCAAAGCACUAACCAAUAGAUCUCGAAUGCGGUUGAGUGUUUCGCCUUCGUCGCCUUUGGGGCGAUUAUACGCAGCCUCGACAUAUAGACCGAGCACUUCAAAGAUAUGAUGCUCUGUAGCAUUUCGUAGAAGGUCUCUGUACUUCUUAAGAAAACUAUUUGCUGUUUUAAAAUUAUGUCUUCGGGAACGCAAAAUUAUUUUUUUCAACAACACCACCAAUUUAAGCUCGACAAUAUUUGGAAAUCUUUCUUCUAUUUCCUUCGACAUUUCUUGAAAUCCUCUGAAGUCCCCAUUAUUUAAACAAAGCGUAAGAAUACAAAAUGCUCGAGUACAAAGUUUUUGAGUCUCUUUUGAAAUCCAUGUAAUGCUGCUGCCAAUUGCACGGGGGACCAACUCAACCUCGACAGGUCCCAAAAUUCUCUUCUUGAAAUUAGCAAACGACAUCUUCUCAACUUUCCCCUUCACCAUUUCAUAACAUUCUGGUUCUUCAGUGAACACACCACCAAGACAAGCAGCGAUAUAAAUCACGAUCACAUAGGUUGAUGGAAUAGGCUUGGAGUUUUCAUCUACCACUGGCUCGAAGAAAAUAUCCCAGUGUUCUCCUCGUUUGGGUUGACCGAUAUGCUCAGGCCAUAUCAUCUUCUUAAUGGCUUUCUCGACUUUCUUUAUUAUUUCAAUGAUG